AGUGGUGUGGCGGGAAUGGUGGCGGAAACUGCAUACGUAACUACUUGGUUGUAAGCUCAAAGCGACGCACUCUACACUCGAAAGGAAUCUCAUUCUCAUCGCAUCUCCUGCAAUUUCAAUGGAGUUUUCUCCUCCGCCGUGGUUCCAACCCUCGUUUGCCGUCGCCAUCUCCUUCCUCAUCGCAUUCCGAGCUCACAGGAAGAAAUCCCUCGACACUUCCGGAGCCCUUGCUGGUUUCAUCGUCAUGUCCAUCCACUUCUUCGCUGGUUACAGGUUUGGGGCGAUGCUGCUUGCUUUCUUCUUCUCUUCGUCUAAACUCACCAAGUUGGGUGAAGAUAUAAAGAGGGUUGUGGAUCCUGAAUUCAAAGAAGGUGGACAAAGAAACUGGUUACAAGUUUUAUCCAAUAGUGGCAUUGCAUCUGUUCUGGUUGUGUAUAUAUGGGUAUUAACACAAGGGCAGGAUAUGUGCUUGAACUCUAAAGACUCACCUCAUGUCACCUAUCUCAUCGGUGCCGUUAUUGGCCAUUAUUCUUGCUGCAAUGGAGACACUUGGUCUUCAGAGCUUGGAAUUCUCAGUGAUGAUCGGCCUCGUCUAAUCACAACCUUCAAGCGCGUCAGGAGGGGUAUAAAUGGUGCUGUGACAAAGACAGGACUACUAGCAGCUGCCGCAGCUGGAUUUGUCAUUGGACUGUCGUUUGUUCUUAUGGGACUUUUAACAGCCAGUUGUGAGCCUGAUUUAGUUCUGAAGCAACUACUGGUCAUACCCAUAGCCACCGUUGCAGGACUACUUGGAAGUGUCAUUGACUCUCUAUUGGGUGCGACAUUGCAAUUUACCGGAUUCUGCUCUCUUCGCCAGAAGGUUGUUGGAAAGCCAGGACCAACAGUCAAGAAGAUUUCGGGUGUCGAUAUUCUGGACAACAAUGCAGUGAACCUUGUCUCUAUACUGCUGACCUCAGUUUUAACUUCAGUCGCUUGUUAUUACAUUUUCUGAAUUCAUCACGAGCGGUGGAAGGUUGUGGCUGAAGAAGGUUCUGAAGUUCAAAAUUUGUAAUCCAGUGGUGGUAGAUGUUCCUAUACUGUUUCUCAACCACCAUUUGGAAAAGUAGAUGAUACCAACAAUAGAAUGACAAAAAUAUAGUUGUUGGUUGUAAAGCAUCACCACUCAUAUACCUUAGAUACGUGACAUUUUUUGGAGCUGUGUGACACUUUGUUAUCAAGUCGUCAUUCCCAAAUUGAUUUUUGUUGUCAACAAAUUUUCAAUGCAAUCUGCGAACACUGAAUAUAGAGUAGAAAAAGGCAUACAAUCCAAAGUUUGCACUUCAA